AUCCUCCAUUAUCCGUCGCCGCGGCUUGGUUCGGGUAGGUCCUGAAGGGUCCGAGACCACCAUCGUCCCCCCCAAAAUUAACGUUAAAGUAUUGUGUUCCUCGUAUAUAGACGAUCCCCCCACCCAGGAGUCGCCGUCGUCGAGGCCGAUAAUUCCCCGAAGAAGCUGCGGUGCCCCUUCGGGAGGGGGGGAUUCAUUCUCUCGUGCGGACGGACUCGGUAGCGUCGAGUGACGGAGGGAGCUAUGGCGUCGACAAGUGCACCACCGAGCACAAUGGUGCCGGAGAGCACUGGCCCACCCAAUCCCAACUGCAAGAUCAUGACGUUUCGGCCGACGCUUGAGGAGUUCCGCAACUUCUCACGCUACGUUGCCUACAUUGAAUCGCAGGGCGCGCACCGCGCCGGGCUCGCCAAGGUGAUUCCUCCCAAAGAGUGGAAACCUCGAAAUAAUUAUGACAACAUUGACGACCUGGUCAUCCCGGCACCGAUCCAGCAGGUUGUAACAGGCCAGUCUGGCCUGUUCACACAGUACAACAUUCAAAAGAAGCCCAUGACUGUUGCAGAUUACCGCCGUCUCGCCAACAGCGACAAGCACUGCACACCAAGGCACCAAGACUACGAUGACCUGGAGCGGAAGUAUUGGAAAAAUCUUACCUUCGUGGCACCAAUUUAUGGUGCCGAUAUCUGUGGGUCGCUUUAUGAUGAGGAUGUGGAGGAUUGGAACAUUGGUCACCUGAACACAGUCUUGGAUGUUGUGGAGCAGGACAGUGGAAUCACCAUUGAUGGUGUUAACACACCGUACCUUUACUUCGGCAUGUGGAAGACCACAUUUGCCUGGCACACAGAAGACAUGGAUCUGUACAGCAUCAACUACCUGCAUUUUGGGGAACCCAAGUCCUGGUACGCCAUUCCCCCAGAGCACGGGAAACGACUGGAGCGUCUUGCUAAAGGGUUUUUCCCUGGCAGCUCACAAGGCUGCGAUGCCUUUCUCCGCCACAAGAUGACGCUCAUUUCCCCUUCCAUCCUGCGACAAUAUGGGAUCCCCUUCGACAGGGUGACCCAGGAGGCGGGCGAGUUCAUGAUAACAUUUCCAUACGGGUACCAUGCUGGCUUCAACCAUGGCUUCAACUGUGCCGAGUCCACCAACUUUGCCACAUUGCGCUGGAUUGACUACGGCAAGCAGUCGACGUUGUGCACCUGCAUGAAGGACAUGGUCAAGAUAUCCAUGGACAUCUUUGUGCGCAAGUUCCAGCCGGAGAGGUACGAAAUGUGGAAGCAGGGCAAGGAUCAGUACAUACUGGACCACUCGCUGCCUACCCCCGAAGCCAGUGAAUUCCUCACUGGGAAGGUAUUCAAGCUGGAGGAAUACCUCGCCACCUUCACGCCAGUCAAGAGGAAGAAGAAGAGGGAAAACCCGCUGCGCUUCAAGACUGUGCGUGCGAAGGAAGAGGAGGAGGAUGAGGACGAAGAUAUUGAUGACACAGAGGUGAAACUGGAGCCUGUCGAUGUGAAAUCUGAAGACGAAGACAAGUGGGACCCAACCUGGGAUUUGGCAAAGCAUAUUGAGAAAACAAAAAAGAAACCGCGAGAGAAGCUCCGUGGGAAAGAUGCUGCCCCCCCAGGAGGCAAAGCCAAGAAGAAGCAAAAGGAGUUCCCCGUGGAUACGCUUCCAGAGCCCGUGCAAGUGGAGGAAGUUCCACAAACUAGUGAUGGCCCUCAGAGCACAGCAACGGUGGAAAAACCGAGGGCCAAGCGCAAACUGCUUCUCACACUGCAACCCAAGGUCACCAAACGGGUGGUGUUCAACAAGGAUGCUUUUGCUUACCAGGAGGAAUUCAUGCAGUUCACGAGCGGAAAGGUAAAGGAGCCGCGUAGAGAGGGCGAGUCGGCCACAGAUGCGCUUGAGCUGCUGUCCCCCGGCGAGCUGAGUGAGGGGGAGGCCAUGGUCAUCGAAGCCUGCAUCAACCCAGAGGAUGUACUCAAGAAGGUGAUGGCAGCCAAAAAGCGGAGCAAGAGCCGGCGGCAGCCCCUGAGCAAGCUGCCCAUUCGAUUCCCCAUCUCCGUGGUGAAGCAGGAGUCACCCAGCGAUGAAGAAUUGCCGGAAGUGGUAUCUGAGGAGGAAUCUGAGGCCGAGUCGUGGGCACGGCCACUGGCGCACCUUUGGCAGACCCGGCCGCACAGCUUCCUGGCGGAGCGCGAAUACAACGCGGCAGCAGCUCGCAAUGAGCCCUACUGUGCCAUCUGCACCCUCUUCCACCCCUACUACAGGUCGGAAGCCGAAGAAGAGCCCCCCGAGAGUUCAAGCACCACUUCUGGGACGAACGUGCCCACCGUGGGCACACAGACAAAGCCGCUCAUCCCCGAAAUGUGCUACGCGUCGUGCGGGGAGAACACAGACCCGCUGCCCGGCGGCUCUCUGCUUAAUGAGGACGGCACCAGCACCCUCAUCUCCUGUGCAAAGUGUUGCCUGCAGGUGCACGCAAGUUGUUAUGGGGUCGGGGCACAAUCCUUGUCAGAUGGCUGGAAAUGCUCUCGAUGUGCUGCGGAGGCCUGGACUGUGGAUUGCUGCCUGUGCAAUUUGAGAGGAGGCGCCCUCCAACAGACCACAGACAACAGAUGGGUGCACGUGAUGUGCGCGGUGGCAGUGACUGAGGCGCGCUUUGUGAAUGUAAUGGAGAGGAGACCAGUGGACAUCAGCCGCAUCCCUCCUCCCCGGUGGAAACUGAAAUGCAUCUUCUGCCGGAAGCAGCAUCGGAAGGUGCAGGGGGCGUGCGUGCAGUGCUCGUACGGCCGCUGCCCGACGCCGUUCCACGUGACGUGCGCCCACGCUGCCGGUGUCCUCAUGGAGCCUGACGACUGGCCGUACGCCGUCUACAUCACCUGCAGCCGGCACAAGACCGGCACGCAGGGCACGAAGAGCAGAAAUGCCCUGCAGGACGUAACCGUCGGACAGACCGUCAUUUCCAAGCACAAAAACAGCCGCUAUUAUCAUAGUAACGUGAUUGGCUUGACCACGCAGACCUUCUACGAGGUCAAUUUUGAUGAUGGAUCGUACAGCGACAACCUUUUCCCCGAGGAUAUAACGAGUCACAAUUGCCUGGUGCUCGGUCCGCCUGCGCCUGGCGAAGCAGUUACCGUGCGUUGGACCGACGGUCAACUGUACGGAGCCAAAUUCGUUGCGGCUCACUCCAUGCAAAUGUUCCAGGUUGAGUUUGAAGAUGGCUCCCAGAACACUGCCAAGCGAGAAGACAUUUAUACAUUGAAUGAGGACCUCCCAAAGAGGGUCAAGACAAGGCUGUCGCAGGCUUCGGACAUGCGAUAUGACGACGUCUUUUACGGCAAGAUGGUGGCGCAGGACUCGAAGCGACAACGUGUGCUCAACCCCAAGUACUCCGAGGACUACGUGGAACACACGGCCUAUCGCUCAUUCCUCGAGCAGGCCUUCCCUGGCCAGCCACGCCCGGGACCCUAGCCUGGGCAAUUAAAUUUUACCCCAGGCCAGUAAUCAAAAUCUAAAAAAAAAAAUUCAACAAAUAUUCACACAUCUUUCUGGAGGAGGUCAUCAUGCAACAUCCAAAUUAUUUUUUAAACUGCAGAGGCUUUAGACCUUUUCUUUGAUUUGGAGGACAUGCACAUUGCCGUUACGUCAUGUUUGCCCCAAUUCUCAGGCAUCGAAAGAGCCUUGUAUAAAAGCCCCUGACCUCUAUACGUCUACCAUCCACUUGUUCCCUCUUGGUUGCCAAGACAAUGUCAGACGGAAAGCUGUAAAAGAUGUCUCCUCUCUGUAGCCCCUUUAUACUUAAUACGUUGUUUUGGGAUGUAAAUUUAUAUUGUACAAAUGUUCUUGCACAUAGGUGCAUUUUGUGUGAAUGUAUUGAUACAUUAGCUUCUGUUUAUUACAGUGCACAUUUUUUUGGAACAUGUUUAGAAAUGCAAUUGUCAUCUUUACUUCAGUAUGCUCUGCAAUUGAAACAAUGUCAGAUUGCGUGUAUAGUUCCACCCUGUAUAAUGUGUUAAACCUUAUUUACAGUACAUCUUAUUUUUUUCAAAAGAAAGUUAACUCUCACGUGUUUUAUUUUUCUCAUGUAUUAAGGUUUUUUCAUGUAACAUAGUAUUUGCAGAAUGUAACAUUACAGAAUGUAGGCUGAAAAUACCAUGUUUUUCAACCUGCAUUGUUUUGGUUUUAUCCUUAAAAGAAAUCCCUGAUUUUGAGAUGGUCAGAAACUCACGACUGGGUUUUUACACUGGCAUAUUUCUCAAUAUUUGAAAACUCUUCGCAUUGUACCUACGCACAGUUUGAGCUUUAAUACUGAACUGUCCAUGUGUGAAUGAGUUUAUUGGUACAUUUGGAACGUGUGGAUUGUAAUAUAGGAAAACAACUCGUGUCAAAAUUGACUACACAUUUUUGGGAACUUUGUGUACAUGGCCAAGCUUAUUUAAAUUUGUUUGCAUAUUUUUUCGUUAACCAGAAUAUUGGUAUUUUAUUUAGAACGACUUAUGUAGAUUUGUUAAUUAUAGUAAUUGCACGUGUAAUUUUCCAUCCCUUCAAUUUUAAGAGCUUGAUUUGGCAAAGAGCAAUUGUAGAAAUGGAGGCUUUUUCAACGUAACUUUUCCAAACAGGAAAGAGCGUUGCCCAUAAGGAAUAUUUAAAAAAGAUUAAAACAAAGUCUGGUUCCAAAGUGUUUUAACCCACGUGAAAAAGCACUUAUGAAUUGGCUGAGCUAGUCUUUUUUACUUUGACCCAGUAGAGCAUGCUUUUUGUACAUUUUUUUCUUGUUAAUGAAAUCUUUGAAGGCUAUUCUGAAAUCCAAGGUUCAUUGAUAAACGUGCAUAUUGAAAUUGUGUAGUGUCUUUUAUAACGUUGAGCAUUUUAUCCAGGGGUCUCGUGUGAAUACUGGUGGGAAAGACGUUAAAAAGGGUAUGUGCAACCUUGGACGUACGAUUACCAUUGUCUUAUUCGGCUUGUAAAAAUUGCGACAUUCUUCCCAUCCACGUGUAAAAAUAACUACUAUGUGAUUGGUAAUAUUGUUUAAAUUCCACAUGGCAAUUUCUUUCCUAUUUAAUACAUGUCUGUGUUAAUAAAGAUGAUAUGUUGGCUUCACAUUUAA